CGUCGUCCGAGGCCAACCCAGAUUUCUUCGAACAAAAAACAAAAAAACUUCUCGUCUCUCGUCCCUCGUCUCGUCAGAAGCGAAGCGGAAGCGGGAGCCGAGGACUCUUCUCUGCAACCGAGGGCCUAGCCACCCAGGCACGAUCUGCUCGCUCCCAUCCGAUUUGAAGAUGUACUCCAUCCGUUACAUGAUUCUUGUCUCAAAUUACGGAACGGAGCCACGGAGGGAGUAACUGUGUGAUCGAGCUCGUUUACUGCUUCCUCCCUGUGCCCCUCUGCCUCGCCAGUAGUUGGCUACUGUACCCCGGCAAGUAUUCAGUGACUUAAGUCAACUGCUUUGUGAGGCUGACAAGUGGGCCAGCCAAACGUGGGACCCACAUCUAUCCCUCCCUCCCUCUGCCGAGCGACCCAGUCCCCUCGCUCCUGGAUCUUCUUCCUCCUCGGCCGAGCGCCGCCACCCAUCACGCUGCCGAGCGCCCAUCGUCUUCCUCCUCGCGCGAGCGCCUCCACCGCAGUUUAUAGGGAAGGACCAGUAUGCACCACAGCAAAGUAUUGCAGAAGACUACAAAGAGUCUGAGUGUAUUAAAGAAGCCCAAAAGAAGAUUUACUCAGUUUGGGAAUCCUGGAAUUUUCUAGCUUGUAGACGAACAGAGCCAGAAUUUCAGCUAAAGACGUCAGAUAUACAAAAACAAUCCCUGACACUGCAGUUUUUGGCAGUAUGGUGCUUAAAAACAUGUUCCGCUUCAUUUUGGUGCUGAUCCACGUGAGCAGUUGUUUGGGUCGAUCAGGGAAAAUGUUUUCUCCUGGCUUUAUUUCAGUGUCAAAGUCAUUACCGAGCUGGCCAAUUUUUAGUGCAGGAACGUCUGUGACUGUUGCACUCGUUCUGUCCUUGUUUCUAACUUUCGAGCAUCUCUGCGCAUACCAUCAACCUGAGGAGCAGAAGUUUUUGAUUGGCCUCAUUAUGAUGGUUCCAGUGUAUGCUGUGCAGUCAUUCUUCUCGUUACUGAAUUCAAAGGUUGCAUUCAUCUGUGAGCUGAUGCGGGACUGUUAUGAGGCAUUCGCAAUGUAUUGCUUUGAGAGAUAUUUGAUAGCAUGUUUAGGUGGGGAGGAAAGUACCAUCAGAUUCAUGGAGGGUCAGUUUACACCGAGUGAGAGUUCUCCUCUGCUAGAUGUUGAUUAUGACUAUGGUAUUGUGAAACAUCCUUUCCCACUGAACUGGUUUAUGAGAAACUGGUACCUCGGUGCAGACUUUUACCAUGCCGUGAAGAUUGGGAUUGUGCAAUAUAUGAUACUCAAGCCUAUUUGUGCUGUCUUGGCCAUUUUCCUGGAACUUUUUGGAAUCUAUGGAGAAGGAAAAUUUGCAUGGACAUAUGGGUACCCAUAUUUGGCUGUCGUCCUAAACUUCAGUCAGACAUGGGCAUUAUACUGUCUUAUACAGUUCUAUACAGCUACCAAGGAGAAACUGGAACCUAUUAAGCCCCUGUCCAAAUUUCUAACUUUCAAAUCUAUUGUAUUUUUGACAUGGUGGCAAGGUAUAGCUGUUGCAUUUCUGUUUUCAACUGGGCUUUUUAAAGGACACUUGGCACAAAGACUACAAACACGUAUCCAGGAUUAUAUAAUAUGUCUUGAGAUGGGGGUUGCGGCAGUGGUUCAUUUGAAAGUAUUUCCAGCUAAGCCGUACAGACGCGGGGAGAGAAGUGUUUACAAUGCUGCUGUCAUGUCUGAUUAUGCAUCUCUCGGAGCUCCAGAUCCUGAAGAAGAAAGAGAGAUUGACAACUUAACAAUCAUGCAAACUGCUCGCCCAAAUUCAAGUGACAGGCGGUUGAGUUUUCCUCAGAGUGUUCGUGAUGUUGUGUUAGGAAGUGGUGAAAUUAUGGUUGAUGAUGUCAAGUACACUGUUUCUCAUGUCGUGGAGCCUAUGGAACGGAGUUUCACAAAGAUAAAUCAGACACUGCACCAAAUAUCUGAGAAUGUCAAGCAGAUUGAAAAGCAGAAGAGGAAGGCGAAGGACGAUAGCCAUCUUAUUCCACUAGAAUCAUGGUCGGAGGAAUUUUCAGAAGCUCAUGAUCAUGUUUCAGCUGGUAGCUUUAGUGACAGUGGAUUAGAUAGGAAAAGGUACAACAAAUUUCGAAGACUCCGCAAGUGGUUCUAGCAGUGUGUGGUGGGUUGAUGGAUUAUGAUUUUGGCUAACCUUUACCCAGAAGUAGAAGUUUAUACACCGUAGGACAUAGUGAGGCAAAACAGUGACGAUUCUGAUGACCAGUGAUUUUCAGGAUGAUGGAUUCAGAGCUUCAAUUUGGGUCCUUAGUUUCCUCUUGUUUAUAGCUGAGCCUAGCCCUUCUCAGUUUCAGUCGGCAGUUGUUACAUGGUUUUCCUACGAGAGCGACCUUAGGCUAGUACAGGUAAAAGUGUUAAGCUCUGAUGAUUACUGAUGUAACGAUCCCCAAGCUUCUUUGUAUUAGGAAUCAUUAAUGGAAGAUAUUUGCACUAGCAAUGUAAAGUGUUUCCCAAUUUCUACGGUUGACGAACUGUUACAAAUUUAUUGAAGUUUGAUUUUUCUUUGAAA